GCCGAAGACAAUGCCGGCGGGUUCUGCAUUUUCUAAUCUCCAGAGUCGGUAAGUAAGCCCGUGUCGCAGAGGGCAUGGGUGCCGCGUGUGGGCCGAGGGUCCCAAGUUCUGCUCUUAUCUGGGUCCUUCCCACGUUGUCCGCUGCCGCUCCUCCCAUGUCGAGUUCAACAUGCUGUACCGUCGUCCAAUUCCCCGGCCAAUUGACUCAUCAAAAUGCGCUCGGUGUCGCUGAUCGUCCUGAUUCUCCAGGCCGCCGUGCCGAUCUUCGCGGCGCCCGCGCCGGCUGACACAGUCGCUUCGAAUCCAGAGGACGCCCUGAAGCAGCUGCAGGCACUUGCUGAUGCCGCUUCCGAGCAGGCAAAGCAGGAUGUCAGCAGCAACACCGUGGCGGCCCGCGCCGCCAACGGCUGCACUUUGAGCAACCUCCAGGUCCGCAGGGAGUGGGGCACUCUGAGCGCGUCCGAGAAGAAGAGCUACAUCAAUGCCGUCAAAUGUCUGAUGUCAAAGCCAGGCAAGACUCCAACCUCGAUGGCGCCCGGCGUGAAGAACCGCUUCGAUGACUUCGUCGCGGUGCACAUCAACCAGACAAUGGAGAUCCACUACACGGGCAGCUUUCUCUCAUGGCACAGGUACUUCACCUGGCUGUAUGAGAAGGCUCUCCAGACAGAGUGCGGCUACAAGGGCACUCAGCCGUACUGGAACUGGGGCUUCAGUGCUCUCACGGGCCUGGAGAGCUCUCCCAUCUUCGACGGCAGCGACACUUCCAUGUCAGGCAACGGUGCGGCCAUACCCAACCAGCCCGACAUCCUCAUCGGGACUAACAACGGCCUUCCGCCGAUCGUGUUGCCUCCUGGGACCGGUGGCGGCUGCGUUACCUCGGGCCCCUUCAAGAACAUGUCGGUCAACAUGGGGCCCGUCAGCCUCUCUCUGCCCGGGGGCGCCACCGGGUCCAACCCAGCCGGCCCGCUGGCUUACAACCCCCGGUGUCUGAAACGGGAUCUGACCACCAAGAUCAACCAAAGGUUCGCCAACGGCACGGCAAUUCUGUCCAACAUCCUGGUCCCCAAAGACGUCGACGCCUUCCAGAUGCAGAUGCAGGGGAUCCCAGGGACCGGCAACAUCGGGAUCCACGGCGGCGGCCAUUACUCCAUGGGCGGCGACCCGGGCCGCGACUUUUUCGUGUCCCCCAGCGACCCAGCCUUCUACCUCCAUCACUCCAUGAUCGAUCGGGUUUGGUGGAUUUGGCAGCUCCUGUCGACCAAGGAACGCACUCAAGGUCCCAAGGCCGUCGCCGGAACCAGGACGUUCCUCAACGACCCUCCCAGCCCCAACACCACCAUCGACGACAUCAUUAACAUGGACUUUCUCGGGGCCCCGUCCCUCCCAAUUAAGGACCUGCUCAGCACCACCGCGGGGCCAUUCUGCUACAUCUACCUCUGAUGUCGCUUUCGCGUUUUGUGCACGUGUGGUCGUGGACGAUGACGAAGUUGCGGCAUCGCACCAUGCAGCUUGUGACUGGAGACACUGUCAAUGAGAGUACUUGAUAGAAUACCCAUAAUGAUAAUUGUCUCAAGCCAAUGCCAUCAUACCCAAUGACAUUGACUUCUUGCACAAUUGAUCCCCGAGUCCAGUUUCCGUCCAUCAGAAAUCGCCAUCAGCCGGCACCGCAGCUUGAUCAACCUGAAUCUCCAACUGGGCGCUCCGCACAACAGGCGGCGC